AUGACCGGUAUACGUAAGUUUUUUGUACCUCAUAAGCGAAUGAAAACUACAAAUGAAAGUGGAGGUGUCGAAGAAGAUACUGUCUAUGAUGAGGUAUCACAGGAAAAGGUUUUGGCAGACGAAACAAUGGAUAUUGCAGGCACAGAACAAUUUUCUCUUUCUGUACGCUAUUUUGACCUUGCAACUAAUGUUGUCAGAGAAGACUUCCUUGGAUUUACACCAUUAGCAACGUUAGAUGCAAAACAUAUCUCCAACACAAUAAUAUCUACUUUAUCUGCUUGGGGUUUUAAUCUAGAUAAAAUGGUAGAACAAGGCUAUGACGGGUGCAGUACGAUGGCCGGUAAAAUUGGCGGAGUGCAGAAGAUAAUUGCUGAGAAAUAUCCCAAGGCUCGCUUCUGUCAUUGUGCUAGCCAUAGACUUAAUUUAGUUGUGAAUGAUUUGAACACCUUACCAGAGGUUAAAAAUGCCAUUGGUACUGUCAAAGAAGGAAUUUCUUUUUUCCGGGUGAGCAUGCAAAGGAAAGCCCUAGUUGGGAACCUUCAAAAACAGUGUGAGGCACGCUGGUCUGAGAAGCAUAAGUCUAUAAGGAAAUUUAAUGAUAAGUUUUUAGAAACUGUUGAAGCAUUAGCAAUUUUACAUAAAGAAGGAGAUCGUGAAACUAGGCAGAAAGCCUGGCAACUUUACUGCACACUUACUUCUCCAACAUUUAUUGUUACAUUAAAAGUCAUAGCAAAAUAUUCAGCCAAACUAGAACCUGUUGCCAAUAUCCUACAAUCAGUAAACAUUAACUUAGUAGAAGUUUCAGAACACAUUCAAGGAAUGUAA